CGGAAAGUAUAAAAUAUUACAAAAAGUAAAGAUGCUGCAUCCACUAGUGAGCCCCUGGUUUUACCUUUUGUUUAUCUUGUAUUUAUUGGUUAGCAACCUUUCCAUCAAAACUAAAUCCAACACCUAGUGAUAAAGAAGCAGAGAUCAGGAAAAUGGAGCAAGAGUUUGAGCACACUUUCCUAAAAAUCAGAGGUCUCAACAUCCACAUAGCUCACAAAGGAGAAGGGGGAUCGGGCACUGUGGUGUUCCUUCACGGCUUUCCGGAGAUAUGGUACUCGUGGAGGCACCAGAUGGUCGCAGCUGCGGCCGCCGGCUUCCGAGCCAUUGCCCCCGACUUCCGCGGUUAUGGCCUCUCUGACCAACCGCCGGACCCGGCAAGCGCAUCUCUGGACGAUCUCGUCACCGACCUCUUCGCCAUCCUCGAUGCUCUCUCUAUCUCAAAGGCUUUCAUAGUUGGGAAGGAUUUUGGAGUGAGACCAGCUUAUCAAUUUGCCAUAUCGUACCCAAAUCGUGUGUGUGGGGCUAUAACUUUGGGCAUACCUUUCUCUAUCACUUCUUUCUCCUCUGCAGUAAAAUCGCCGGGAUUCUACAUAUCAAGAUGGCGGGAGCCUGGGCGAGCAGAGGCGGACUUCGGCAGGUUUGACAUUAAGAGGGUCGUGCGCACCAUUUACAUUCUCUUUUCUCGGAGCGAGAUUCCUAUAGCCGAGGAGGGCCAAGAGAUCAUGGACCUUGCAGACUCAUCGACUCCUUUACCUGCGUGGUUCACCGAUGAGGAUCUCGCCGUCUAUGCUUCUCUCUAUGAGAAACCAGGCUUCGCCUAUCCACUCCAAAUGCCUUACCGGGUGUCGAAGACGCUCGGAAUCACGGGCGAACCGAAAGUCGAGGCCCCUUCCUUGCUGAUCAUGGGAGAAAAAGAUUAUGUCUUGAAAUUCCCAGGGAUGGAGGAGUAUAUAAAGAGUGGGAUGGUGAAGAAGUUCGUACCUGACCUGGAGAUUGUGUACAUACCUGAAGGAUCUCAUUUUGUUCAGGAGCAGUUCCCUCAGCAAGUGAAUCAACUCAUCAUCACUUUUCUCAAGAACCACUCCCUCAGCAAGUGAAUCAACUCAUCAUCACUUUUCUCAAGAACCACUCUUUACCAUAAUAAAAUUCGGAAUUCUUAGUUACAGAUAUAUAUAUAUAUAUAGAGAGAGAGAGAGAGAGAGAGUUGAGCUGGAAUACUAUUGAUAGUAUUUGACUUCUUUUGCUAUCAAGUUUUUAAUCUUUAGAUGAGAAAUUGUUAGGAUGAUAUUAAUCUCUUGGAGUUAAAUGAUCCUUCUAUGGUUGAGUGGUUC